AUGACGCGCUCGUCACCAUCCCACACCCCUGACCCAAAGCCCUCGCUGGCCUAUGGCGGACAGAAGCAGCUGGCAGCGAUGGACGCGUCGACCGACGGCAGCGGGGGCAACCGUGAUUUCCAGGAGCUGGCCGCCAUCAUCAAGAAGCGGCGGGCGGAGGCCGCUGCAGCCGCAGAACAGGCAGCUGCCGCAGCAGCCGCUGCGCAGGCUGAGCCGGAGGCACCCGCCGUGGAGUCGGCGGCCGCGGACGCGCCGCAGGCAGGGGCGCCCAGCGCAGAGUGA